AACAUAUUUAACCACAAAAAAUAUGUAAAAUAGUGCGAAAAAUUAAUAAAAUUAUGAACAAAAAGUAAGUAUAAUAAUUUAAACAUAAUUUUUUUUACAGUUUCUAAAUAUUAAAAAGAAAACAAAAUGGUGGAAUGUUUAGAGGGUAAGCAAUAAAAUUUAUCCAAGAUGUGGGGUUAGAAAAAAAAGUGUCACACUAUAUUUUUAGCUGGUAUAUUGUAUGUAUUUGUAUGUCCAGGAAUAUGUUAAAUUAUUUUUUCCCAUUUUAGUUAAUUGAAAAAAGAAAAUUUGGAAAUAGUAUACAAAAAGGAAAACUAACAAUAUGGACAGUGGUUUAAUUAAAAAAGCUUUAUGCUUUCAUGGCAAACCCAUGCAAAAGAUAUGGGAUGAUGAAAGGGGAGCUGGAGAUUUACAAAAAAUAGGUGUGCCUGAAGAUGGCAACUAUGCUAUCUAUAUGGAUAGGCAAAAGUAUUUCACUUUUCAGGAUAGAGCCAAACGUUUAAAAUUGCAUCAGUUUUUGGCACGUAAAUCCUUGGAUUUAUAUGAUAAAGAUUUGAGUAAAUCUUGCUUAAAGACCAUAAAAUCCAAGGAGGAAGUUGAGAAGGCUCAACAAUUUGUGGUGGAGGUACCACCUUACGAGUUGUUUAUUGUCAAGCAUCAGGAUAAGGUUAAACGUCAUAUUUUGGAAUCUAUUAUGCCGGGAGAUAUUAUUUAUGCUUCCAUACAACGUUUAAAAUUGCCUAGCACUAAAAUGAAUGCCAUCAAACUCAGUCUUAAUUCCUUGUGUACAUCAGCGCCAAAUUGUAAACUUUUGCAUGAAUAUAAGUUAAAGGCCCAAGUUCCUGCACACCUAUAUGAACCUAUUAUACCGGAUAAAACGAUUAAAACACGUAGCUCGGAUUUAGAAUAUUUACGUUGUGAGGCCAUUGAAUCAUCUGUAGAUGCGGACCGUUUAACUUUGAGUCUCUUGCCAACAGCAGCAAAAAAUAAAAAUAUUAAAUUAGGCCUAAUAAGUUAUGAGGAAUUACCGCAACUAUAUCGUAAAAUAUCAGAAAAUUCUUUAGAAAAAUUUGAAGAAUGUUUGAAAAAAGCCAAAGAAUUUGAAAAUCCCAACUAUGAGGUACUUUACACCAUAAAUGGUUUGGAUAUCAAUGAUAAUUUCUCUUUGAUGAACAAUUUAAAACAUGAUUUUCCACCACAAGAAUAUGCCAAAGAACUGAGACAAGUUCAAGCUAGUAAAUGGGCUUUUAGAUCUGUGGCUGAGGGUAUAGAAUACUUUAAAGUGGGCCAACAUGUGGAAGCGUUUCAAUGUCUUAAUAAGGCCCUCAAUAUAGAUCCACGUAAUGUGGAAGGUUUGGUAGCCAGAGGAGCUUUAUAUGCCAAUAAGGGUUCAUUUUUAAAGGCUGUAGAAGAUUUUGAAAAAGCUCUUAAACUAAAUGCUUAUCAUGUUAAUGCACGUAAAUAUAUGGGUGAAACAUUAGUGGCAUUGGGUCGUAGUUAUGAGGAAGAUAAUCGCAUACAGGAGGCAGCUAAAGCCUAUAGAGAUUGUUUAAAUAUAAUACCAAAUCAUGAACAAGCAAGACUUUCUCUAGAAGCCAUACAGCAGCGUACUGGUGCCAGCGUAGAGCCACUAGUAGCGCCAGCACCACCAACUCUUAGUGAAAAAACUUUGGAACAACAAAUAAAUGAUUUUGAAAAUCAAAUAACUGCCAUAGAAUCUUCUAGCAAUGAAGAAGAGACCUCUGAAGGCUCUUCUGAAUCGGAAACUGAAGGCUCAGAUGAUCGUACUCAUAAAGAACGUUCACUAUCACCUUUAAGUAAAAAAAUGGCCAUGCAUAGAGUGGCUUUAGAAGCGGGUCAGAAGCCCCAAGGACAAUUUAAUCAACCCUAUAUGCAACAAACUAAUAAGAAACCUAUAAAUUUGCCUGUUAUACCAAACGAAUUUAAGCUGGACGAUGAUGAUACAGAAUCUAGAGUCCAUAAACUCUUGCAAAAGGCCAUGAAACAUAAAAAGGAAAAAAAGAAAUCGAAAAAAUCCAAGAAAUCAAAAAAAUCUAAAAAGGAUUCCAAAUCACCUUCUUCAAUAUUGGAAAAAAUUAACUUUCAAGAGGCCUACAACAUUUUGGGUGGUGGUUUAAAAAUUGAAAGCACUCUAAAUGACAACCUCAAAACAUAUGAACAAACUAUACAAGAGAUACGCAAACGGCAAGAACUGCUAGAACAAUCGACAUCAAUGACAGCAUCUACAUCAGCGGCUGCUGGCUUAACUUCUUAUAAACGUAGAGGAGGAGAACAACGCCAGAGAUCGGAAACACCACCGCCGCCUCCUCUAAAACCCAGUUUGCCUACAGCCUCAACUUAUGUCUAUAAAUCCAUAAAUUUUGGCAAAAAUAAUUAUACUCCCGCUGUCUCAAAGCCGCCAACCGUAGAACAACCUAAAUUUUCAUUUCAGAUUAAGAAACCAGUUAAAGUGGAUAAAUUUGGUCUUAUACGUUUAGCUACACCAGCUUUACAAAACAGUCCCACACCCUCACCACCCAGAACAAAAAGAAUGUCACGUUCGCCACACUAUCGCAAACGAAAUCGUAGUCGUAGCCGUAGUAGUAGUCGUAAUCGUGGUGGUAGUAGCAGGAGACGUGAUACACGUUCCCGCUCACGAUCACGUUCUCGCAGUCGUGGCUAUAGAGGUGCUAGUGGCGACAGACCCAGAUAUCGUCGCCAUCGUAGUUUCUCUUCCAAUUCUCGUUCUAGAUCACGUUCUAGAUCGAAUUCUCGUUAUCGCGGUCGUAGAUAUACUUCUCGCGGCAAAUCACGUUCCUCACGCCGUUCACCUUCACCCUUUGUGCCACGUGGCACUCCCUCACCCAACACCCGUUACAGACGUUCACGUUCUCCACGUUUCCAUAGACGUUCUCCCGCUCGUGGUCGUGGUCGUUUUUCACGCAGUCCUUUUCGUCGUCAAGGACCUCCUCCACGAUUUGGUAAUCGCAGUUGGAAACGUCCCGAUUUUAAACCACGUGUUCCAGCUGCUGUUGGUGAAACUACAGCUUCAUCGUCGGACUCUAAGUGGUUACACGAUAAAUUUGAGGAUAAAAAUGAUGGACCCUCUAUUGAGGAAAUUGAUGAGAUUAUAAGUAAGGCACAAAAGGAACGUAAACAGGAUAUAAUUAAUCGUGAUAAGAAUAUAUUGAAAAAGACUAACAAUUGGUAAGAAUUAUUGAGUGUAUUUUAGAAUUAGAAAUAAUACUGAAUAUUUCUAAACCCCGAAAAAUGUAUCCCAAAAAGCAAUUUAAGUGAAAUUUUCAUUAAAUAAAUCAUGUUUUGAAUUCGGAGUUCAAAGUUUGCAUACAAAUAGUUUCAAAGUGUCUAGUUCAAAGAAAAUAAGUAUUUGAUAUUUCAAAUAUUUUUCAAAAUUUUGAAAAAAAAAACAAAUUGUUUAUUGGGAUGUGUUGUUUAUUCAUAAAUAUAUAUAGUUUCGUAAAUAUAUUUUGUUGCUAAUAAAAAAUUGAUAUAUAUCUUUAAAUACAUACAGUUAAAUACAAUAUGGUCGUUUGUACUUUAUUAAUAGCAUUUCAAAUGUUAAGAAAUAAAUGUAUUAAACUUUAA